CAGUCGGCUGUGCAAUCACAUAUUUUAUGUAAUUAAAUUUUAAUUACGUAAUCCGUACGGCAAGCCUCUCAUUCGGAAAAUAAAAUAUAAUCUUUCUUUGGCCGAUUUUUUGGAUAUGGAACCAUCAAAGCCCCCGGAUUCGAAAGACGCGACAACUAAUAGUCACGACAGUGCUUCGAAAAUGUCGAACAACGUCGAAAGUAGUCCGGCGAUAUCAAGCCAAGGACAGACAAGUUCUACGGAAAACGAUCAGGCGAUGGUUGGCCAACCACGAAAUGACAACGGCGAUGAGCAACAACCACAGCCCAACGACAUCGACGAUCAACAACCCAGGAGUGAUGCUUCCGCAAAUUCCGCUUCAAACCAACAACCACCACCAAAUCAAAUCGCGAAUGUGGCACAUUGUCUUGAGGCUCAGCAACAGCAAUUGCCGUUCAAUGAUUUCAAUCCACCGAUACCGAUGAAUGAACGCCAACUAAAUGGUCCGUUUGAUCGACCGCCCCAGGUAGGGCCACCAGAGCCACCGUUAAACCGUGGAAGGGAGAUCGACAUGGAUCCCGAUCCAAUCAUACGUAAAACUCCGCAUUUCCACUUUAUCUUUGGAGGCCAAGAAUGGACGUACAAUGAUUUAGAUCAAAAGGUAGAGAUCAGACAGGGCCAAGUGUUCCCGGUGAUUGAACGCGAACAGCUAGAGCUACAGUUGCGGAUACUCCCGCCGCCACCGUUGCGGGUACUCCCGCCGCCACCGUUGCGGGUACUCCCGCCGCCACCGUUGCCGGAACUCCCGCCGCCACCGAUGAUACAGCAACAUAUAGGUAUAAAUGAAUGCCAUCGGCUACUUAUGAAUAGUCGCCGAACCCUAGCGUUUGAUUUACCCAGACCAUUGCCGUCCAAUGAUGUCACUCCAUCUAUACCGAUGAAUGGACGCCAACUAAAUGGUCUGUUUGAUCAACCACCUUACUUAAUGCCAGCACUACCGCCGUUAGUCUCAAGAAGGGAGGUUGAGCCAGGGAUUUUCGAGGAAAUUUACUCACACAGAGCAGAGCCAUACAGAGCGCGUACCAUGUUUGGCCGACCUAGAUGUAUGUGUCAAGACUUGGUGCAUUACAACCGUGGAAAUGGUCAAAUGAUAACUGUGAUAAUGAAUACUCCUAAUCUGUCCCAACGAUUUAGCAUGACAACUUACCGAUUGACACCUUUUGUAGACUUAUUCAAGGCAUACCAUGGUUUCACCCGGCAGCCUCGCAAUGCUGUCUUCGUUGCAGGUGGAAAAAGAUUGAGACCAUACGAAACACCCAUAAGUAUCGGGAUGAAGGACAGAGACAAUAUAUACGUUUUUCUUGCAUUUAGAGUCCGCAGAUCAAAAAACAAAUGUUCCAAUUAAUAUCUACGCUUGUCGCUUAAUAAAUAAACCUCAAAUGCUCAAACCAACAUCACACAAAUUUUUUUUUAUUAUCACUGCUAAA